GCGCGGCUCCCCUGAGGCGGGCGGGCGGCCGGGCCGGGCGGAGGCCGCGGCCGGAGCCGGGGGCUCGCGUAGAUGUGCAGCCCGGGGGGGGCCCCCCCUGGGCCCGCCCCGGCCGGCGACCUGCCCCCGGAGUGGGACAGCGACGACGAGCGCAUGGCCUUCCUGUUCUCGGCCUUCAAGCAGAGCCGCGAGGUGAACAGCACCGAGUGGGACAGCAAGAUGGCCUUCUGGGUCGGGCUGGUGCUGGCCCGCGGCCGCAGGAGGGGCGCGGUGAGGACCUGCCUCCGGGAGCUGCAGAACGGCUUCGAGCGGCGGGGCAGCGUCCCGCUGGGGCUGGGCACCGUCCUCAGGGAGCUGCUCAGACGUGGGAAGCUCCAGAGGGAGUCAGACUUCAUGGCCAGUGUAGACAGCAGCUGGAUCUCCUGGGGUGUGGGAGUUUUCAUCCUGAAGCCCCUCAAGUGGACUCUCUCCAGCGUCCUGGGGGACAGCAAAAUCCCUGAGGAAGAGGAGGUUCUGAUUUACGUGGAGCUGCUUCAGGAGAAAGCAGAGGAAGUUUAUCGCCUCUAUCAGAACUCUGCGCUCUCCUCUCACCCCGUCGUCGCCCUCUCCGAGCUCCAGUCCCUCUGUGCCAGUGUGUGCCCAGAUGAAAGGACCUUCUACUUGCUGCUGCUCCAGCUGCAGAAGGAGAAGAGGGUCACGAUCCUGGAACAGAAUGGAGAGAAGAUCGUGAAGUUUGCCCGAGGUCUCCACGCCAAGGUGUCCCCGAUGAACGACGUGGACAUCGGGGUGUACCAGCUGAUGCAGAGUGAGCAGCUGCUGUCACAGAAGGUGGAGUCCCUUUCCCAGGAAGCAGAGAAGUGUAAAGAGGAUGCCCGGAGUGCUUGUAGAGCUGGGAAAAAGCAAUUGGCUCUGAGGUGCCUGAAGUCCAAGCGGAGGACGGAGCGGCGCAUCGAGGAGCUGCAUUCCAAGCUGGAUGCAGUGCAGGGAAUCCUGGAUCGGAUUUACGCCUCCCAGACCGACCAGAUGGUGUUUAAUGCCUACCAGGCUGGGGUGGGAGCUCUGAAGCUGUCCAUGAAGGAUGUGACUGUGGAGAGGGCAGAGAACCUGGUGGAUCAGAUCCAAGAGCUUUGUGACACUCAAGAUGAAGUAGCCCAGACUCUGGCUGGAGUGGGGAUCAAUGGCCUGGCAGAGAUGGACACCGAGGAACUGGAGAAGGAGCUGGACAGUCUCCUCCAGGACUCGACCAAGGAGCCUGUGGAUCUGCCUCCUGUUCCCCAGAAGGUGCUGAAUCCCCCCAUUUCUGAUGCUGAGCUGGAAGCUGAGCUGGAGAAGCUGACAGUCUGUGAUGGAGAUUUGGCACAAAAGGCUGCAGCUGCUUCCUCUGAACCCAAAACAGCUCUGGGACUGAAUCUCUGAAGACCCAACAGAAUCCUGUUGCUGCUGUUUGGGAAGUUGUCUUAAGGUUCCUUAACUCAUGACUAGAACUUCUAAGGAGAGGAGUCACUCUCUCUUCCUCUCCAUGGAUAUCACUUUGCUCAGCAACAGGAUCUCCUGCCAUGACAAUCCACUCUGGAACUGGCCCCAGCUGGUGUUUGUCAUCUCUGUGCCAACAUCUGCACUGGUCUCAACCUGACUGGUGACCCCAAGACAUCCAGUCUUCCCUCCUGGGAAUACAAUUCCAGUGAAGAUAAACUCUUCUGUGUCCAUAACAGUGCUCAGUUUUGGUUUGGUUUUGAGGUUUUUUUUUUUUUCUAUUAUUUUUUAUUUUAUUUAUUUUAUUUUUAUUUCUCUUCCUUUGCUGUGGCUGAUGUCGAGAUCCUGAGUUGCAGCAGUGUUGCAGUUGCUCAACAUUUGGCUGCUUUUGUGUGGUUGUUUCGAACACUUAGCACAUAAAUCCCGACCUUGACGUACCUGCAACAAGCUUAAAACACCCGGUGAUAGUUCUCCCCCUCCCUGUGUGUAUCUUUGCACGGUCGUGGACAACUAGACACUGUAACUGUUACGUUUGUAGGAGAUUUGGCUGCUGCUCCUCCUACAGGGCAGCGAUUGCAAGCACAAGACAAAAGAAUUCCUCUUUCUGUAAUGACAUUAAGGCCUUAGAAGGGAGACCUGCAAAAGAUUUCGGUGAAGGAGUUUCAGGCUCUGUCAAAGGCUGGGGGGUUGCUGUUAAUCCAAUUUUUCUGCUUGCUCUUACUUGAAAUUCGAGCUGUUUGCCGAUUUUUGUAUCUCCCCUGUUAGCAAAACUCCUCGAGAGCUGCAGGGUGGUGUGCUGGGGGUUCCCCUGGAGUGAUUUGGGGGUGAGGAGAAGGGAUGCACUGUUCCCCCUCUGGGAGAGUGCAGCUUCACAGCCUUGCCUUUGCCUUCAGCCUUGCUCCUGCAAUCCCCCGAGGUUCUGUGGUACCAGAAAGCCCCAACCCCAAACUCUCUGAAUGUUUUUAAUGCACAACCCCCCCCGAGCACACCAACUGCAGCUGGUUUGGGGGCUGCCUUUGCCCCCUCCUCUUUUGCAGGUCACUUUUUUAUCCCUCGUGUGUGCACGUGGAAGAGCAGGAAUCCUGAUCCCUGAACAACUGAACUUCCAGGAGGGGAAUGUGCUCUUCCCUGGGCUCUCUGCACAGCCUGUGUGUGUGGCAGGGGAGGGACUGGCUGCCUGCUGAAGGAUAACCAGCCCUCCCCUCCCUGCACCUCCCCCUGACUCGAAUGUAUCCCCCUCAGCACUUCCACAAACUGCCUCUUGUCCCAGGCUCCGUUGGCUGAGCCCUGUGGAUGGAUGGCCUGGGGGAAUGGGAACCAGGGCUGGAAUUCCCACAUCCCUUGAAUUAUUUAUUGACCACCCAGCUUCAGCCCCAGAGGACAGGGAGGGAGGUUGCAGGUGUCCCCAGGGGGCUGCCUGGGCUGGGGCUCCACUGUCACUUUGUUCACGAGUGCAGGCUCUGCCAGGGAAGGCGUCCUGGAUCCAGCUCACAGUUCACCCAGGCUGUACAUGGAAUUAUGUAAAAUGACUUGAAGCUCUGUAUUCCUUUCCUUUGGAAGUAAACAGGAGAAAAACCUC